CAUCAAUCUAACCUAACAUAAAAUCGUCUAAAAACAAUAAUUUUCAAUAGUUCGAUAUUAGAUUACUUUAUUUUGCUAUGAUAAAUACUAGCUAUGACUAGUCAGUAUAAGAAAUUUAUAAAACUCAUAGCAAAGUGGCCCUUGGAUAGCACUAAGGGUGAGAGAGACUUGGGAAAAGUAAUCAGAGACAAAGUAAAGGAAGCUUUUGAGUCAACAGAGCGGGUGAACCUUGAUUCUGAGCUGUGUAAUCGUCAAUACGCUGCACUCAACCGCCUGGCAGAUAACCACUACAGAAACAAAUAUAAACGUACGCACAACAGUACGGCGACCGGACUGAGCACUGAAGAGUGUAAUCUCAUGCUGUCCAGUGAAGUCCUCACUUAUUUGAAGGAGGAAAACAAAGGUUUCUUUAAACAUGUUGAGUACAAAGACCACACUCCCGUUCUGCUAAAUGAAGCUAUAAAACAUCUAAGUCCAAAAGACAAUGAGUAUUACAUUGAUAUGACAUUUGGAGCUGGCGGGCAUUCUAGAAAAAUACUAGAAUCUUCCAAUUGUAAUCUUAUAACUCUAGAUAGAGACCCACUUGCUUUUGCGAAAGCUCAGAAACUCGCUGAAGAAUAUCCCAACAGAGUCACACCACUAUUAGGUAGAUUUAGUGAAUUACCGAACCUUCUGAAAGAGAAAGGAAUCAAACAACAGUCAGUAGAUGGAAUUUUAUUCGACUUUGGGUGUUCCUCCAUGCAACUAGAUAAUGGAGAAAGAGGCUUUUCAGUUAGCAAGAAUGGAUAUUUAGACAUGCGAAUGGAUGCCGGCCGGGACCCAAAUCAAAUAACGGCUAGGGAAGUACUCGCUACAGCAAAUGAGCAUGAGUUGUACAAAAUAUUUAAAAUCUAUGGUGAAGAGAAAAAAGCAGCAAAAAUCGCACAAACGAUUAUUCAAGCCAGAUACAUGAUCAAAAAUAUAGAUACUACGCAAGAGUUAGUUGAUAUUGUUAAUUCUUGCUGUCCGGAUGAGAUUAGAUUAGACAAACUUCAAAGACCACAGUCUAAUGCUACAAAAAUAUUUCAAGCUUUACGUAUCUUUGUUAAUAAUGAAUUGAACGAAAUCAACUAUGGGAUGGUCUUAGCGAAAUACUAUCUAAAAAUCCAUGGCCGCCUUGUCACGAUAACUUUCCAUUCAUUAGAAGAUACAAUAAUUAAAAGGCAUAUAGCUGGCAAUAUUGUGAAUGAAGUCGCGAAUCCUGUCCCAUUAAAGUACCUGAGUCCUACAAUGGUGCAGGAUCAGGAUACGAUCAACUAUUUUCUGGACACACCAUGGAGAGCCAUCAACAAGCAUGUGGAAGUGCCAUCUGAUGACGAGGUGGAACGGAAUCCAAGGAGCAGAAGUGCAAAGUUGAGAGCUGCUAUUAAAGUUAAAUAGUACGAUAUAAAAAGCUUAUUUUAUAGACUACAUUUCAAUGAAAUAGUGACUUGAACUUUUGUUUUUUUGUGCAUUUGUAGUUGAUAGAUAUUGUAGUUACUAAAAAUGCACUAAAACCUGAGAUUUGUUAAUAAACUGUUAUUUUAAAACUA